GUAGGCGCCCAAUUUGGAUCUCCUCCGUCACGUAAGCCACGAGGGCGAUAGAGUAUAGAGAGGGAAGGUGCAGAUUCUGUUAUUAUUAUCGAAAAUCCAAAUCCUACAAUUGAAAAAAAGUAUCCCUGUGAUUGGUAACAUUUGAGUGCGAUUGAGCACUUCAUUAAAAACUUGUCUCCUCGAAUCGUCGUGUACGUCACUCCAAUGUUUACUGGGACGUUGAAAGUGAAAUUGAUCGAGGCGGUUGACCUGAAACUGACGGAUUUUCAGCGCCGUCACAAUGUUGGGUGGGUCGGGAAGCUGGUAAAAAACACCAUGGAUCCAUAUAUCUUUGUUGACAUUGAUGAGGUCCAUGUUCAUCGGACUACUACCAAACAGAAAACCUUUUGUCCUACAUGGAAUGAAACUUUCGAGUCAGAGGUUCAGUCAGGAACCAAACUAGGCUUUACUGUUUUUCAUGAUGCAGUUAUACCUCCAGAUGAUUUUGUAGCAAAUGGCAGAAUCUCUUUUGAUGAAUUGAUCGACAUUACCAAAGACCAGAAUUCUGACAUUUGGGUGAAUCUUGAACCACAAGGAAAGUUACACUUAGUUGUUGACCUUAAGCAAGAUGUGUGUAACAGUAACGACGAGGAGGCCAGCGAACUCAAGAACCUUCAAUGUUCAAAUCAACGAAGUAGAGGCAUGCGUCGCCGUGUUCAUGAAGUUAAUGGACAUAAAUUUAUGGCUACUCUUUUUCGGCAACCAACUUUUUGUUCUCAUUGUCGAGAUUUUAUCUGGGGAUUUGGCAAACAAGGAUACCAAUGCCAAGUCUGCACUCGGGCAGUGCACAAGCGCUGCCAUGAGCUUGUAGUCGCCCGCUGUCCAGGAUUCAAAGACGCUACUGGUGAAGAGUCGGCGAUUGGUCAACGUUUCAGUCCGAACGUUCGGGUGCCACAUCAUUUUGUUACUCAUACCUACAUGCGAUGCACUUACUGCAAUCAUUGCGGUUCCUUACUCUAUGGGCUGAUAAAACAAGGCCUUCAAUGUCAAUCGUGCAACAUGAAUGUCCACAAACGAUGCAAAAAAAAUGUAGCAAACAACUGCCGUAUCAACACCGACGAAAUUACAGAAACUCAAUGAAAGGAUUAUCCUUUAUACUACUUUGAAUUUUUUACAAUAAAAAAAAUAUAAUCAAAA